GUGUCAUCUGCAUAGCUAUGAUAGUCUAAAUUAAAGUUCUGAAGAAUUUGACCCAAGGGUAGCAUAUACAGGCUGAACAGGAGGGGUCCAAGAACUAACCCUUGAGGGACCCCAUAGGUCAUUGCCAUUCGAUGAGAUUGAACACUUCCAAUGGUUACAAAAUAACUCCUUUCCUCCAGGUAGGACUUGAACCAUUUAAGGACUGUUCCAUAAAGGAUCAAUUUUGCCCAAAUAGCGGCAUUAAACUCUCAACCAAAGCACCGAGAUGAGUCUUUCCGACAAGGACAAGGACACAGUCAAGGCCUUCUGGACUCUGGCUGGUGGAAAGGCUGACAUGAUCAGGAGCGAAGCUCUGACCAGGAUGAUCUACGUGCACCCUCAGACUAACUGGAAGGACUUGAGCUUCAACUCCGCUCUGGUCAAGAAGCACGGCAAGGGGAUCUUGAAAGGCGUCAACGAGGCCAUCGGCAAACUCGACAACCUGACUGUGGGCCUGCUGAACCUCAACAAAAAAAUUGUGAUCUGUCGUUUGUUGUCAUUUAAGGGCAAUUCUAAAACCUUUCUGGCGGGGCUGUCACUUACUCCUGGAUUUUCACUAUUCGGGCCUUAUCUUCUCCCCCACAAGCAAAACAGCAGAAUUGCUACACGCUGAAUAAGACAGCUGAAGUAGAAAAAUGAUUAGGGUGGAGAUUCAUUGUUUUUUCUUUUUUCGUUUUUGAAUAAUGUUAAUAAUAUUCAUAUGAUCAAACACCAUAACAACAUGUGUGAAAACAUGCCACACAUGAGCUCCUCAUGCAUAACUCACUUGUUUCCAUUGUGAUUGUUGUCUCGCAUAAGCAGAGCUGCAGUGUUAUAAUUAUAAUAAUAGCAUAUAUUUACAAAGUGGCUUUCAAGAGACCCAAGGACGCUUUUUCUUUCAGUCGGGGGGGGGACGUGCUGUAUCUUCUGCAGGCCGCAUCAUU